UUUUUAAACAUUAGUUUUAUACUAGCCUUUAAUUCGUAUAGUCUUACUGGUUAAACAAAUAAUACAAUUAUAAAUAAAGGGAAACAAUCCCUUAACCUCUAAAAUAAAAUUUGAUUGAAAACGGUCAAGUUACUAGAUGCAACUGGUUGAAUAGAUUAAAAAGGUUUGCACGGGACACCCACCAACCAUUUACCUAUGUAAUUGUAACCGCCCAGAUAAUAACAUGUUAAAAAAUAUCAACAAAGGACUCCAGCGAGGUUUAGAAAGUGGUGGUUACUCUGCCUUGGUCUUGUUAUUACUACACAGAGUUGGUUUUCUAAGAAAUAGAAUUAUAGAAUAAUUAUUUUUAUUACACUUUUUUGUGUAAUAACACGCAAUAAAUUAUAAUAUAACACCCACCACACGAGGUCCCUUCAGAUCUGUCACGGAUAGGAACCAAAGUCAUAUACUGUUUCCUUACGUACAUUUUAAGAAACGUACGUAUUUGUAUUCGCAAAUUCCUGUGUUGUGGCAAGAAAGAUGUGCAGACGUCGUGAACUAAUAGUAAAAGAGGAGUAUGGAUAGUCUGAUUUAAACGUAAGAAGAUCAUCAAUUUGGGAACAUUACUAAGGAGAUGGAUGGAAAUUGCUUUAGUCCUGUACAGCGAGCCCGGGCCACCAUCAUCUCCUAUUGACUUUGCAGAAGCUCUUCACCUGUAGAAAGUGCAGGAAAGCUUUGGCACGAUGUGGCUCUGUGGCUCAUAUGCUAUGGAUGCAAUGCAUCGGGAAGAAGCUGAUUCUGCAAAUGCACACACCUCUGUAUUCAAACCCCCAAUUGACGGAUCUGUAAAUUCUGCUUCGGUGUUGGACUCACACAACAACAAAGUCCAAGCAGCUUGUGGAACAGGGAUCCAAGGAAUUAACGCCAAUAAAAGGAAAACUAUUUUGAAUCACCAAUGUUCUAAAUGUCUAAAAGCAUUUUGUUCACCGUCUAAACUGCAACGACAUUUUCUCAUUCAUACGGGGCAGAAACCCUAUUCAUGUGCAGUCUGCCUGAAACGCUUUACACAGAAAGUACACCUAAAGUCUCAUUUGAAAACUGCAACUAAAUGUUUACGCUCGCCAUUCAAUGAAAGGCAAAGGCCGAGCCUUUCUCACGACAAGCCUCGCUCAUCUUUUCAACAACCGAGCAGUUGUCCAGGAAACCCGUCUGUGGAACUGCAGUUGGAAUGUAAAAUAAGUGUAAAUUCUGAGCAGGAAUUGAAGACCAAGAUAAAGCCGGAUGCAGGUGUAAAACCAGAUCAAUGGGUAAAUACAAGCAGCAGUUAUCAAGAACAGGAGGAACAGUUCAUCACAGAAAAAGACUUGAAGCCAUACCAGUGUAUGUUGUGCAGCAGAUCAUUUCGAUUGGAAGCUAAUUUAGCACGUCAUCAUAAAAGUCACAGGAACCAAAAACAAUUAGGCAAAACAUCAGUACAAACAAGCAUCCGUGAAGAAAUCUCAGGUCCCGAAGCACGUAAGCCUUUACGUGAGUCCAGUCAGGCAGACGCCGCUGAAAUGAACAUUGCCAUUAAACCUACAAAUUGGAGUAAGACUUGCUCUAAUUAUGUUCCUUGGCAGUUAAUGAAUUCCGUAGGACAGCGGAGGAAAAACAUCAAUACCACAAGCAAGCAGCAAAGGAACAGUUUCCACCAGUGCCAGGUUUGUUGUAAAUGUUUUCCGUCUGUAUCAAAACUUCACAGACACAUGAUGACUCACACAGGAGAAAGACCCUUUGGCUGUGAGACGUGUGGAAAGAGAUUUCGUCAGAAAACGCAUCUGAGGGUCCACUGUCGCGCUCACCUGUGGUCUAGAUAUCACAAGCAGCGCUCACUGUAUAUCAACAGGCCACUGUCACGCAUGGGUGGGCACUGCAGGACUUCGGGAGACUGUCUGCUCCAAGAAAUGCUUCUACAUGAAAAGGAAGCGGGGACACAGGCUUGCACUGAUGAAAUCGCUGUGAAACACCUGGAUCAAAUCUCCUCUAUAGACAUUUUUUGCAAUAAUGAUAAGAGAGACCCAAAGAUGAAGCUGUUGCCACAUGCGUCAAAGAACAGUGAAGGCCGGCUGAUGAAUAAGGAAUCUGCAGUGACGGUGAAAUGGAAACAUGCUGUUAAAUCAACGCAACAUCCAGGCAACCCGCGACACAGGUGCUUCCAGUGUCUGAAGUGCUUCCCCUGUCCUUCUAAGUUAAAAAGGCAUGAGAUGGUACACGCCGGCGUGAAACCAUUUAAGUGUCGUACAUGUGGGAAAGCUUUUCGCCAAACGUCGCAUUUGAAGGUCCAUGAAAGGACGCACAGCGAGACCAACCCAUCCCUCCCUCAAUACCCAAGAACCGCUGUUCCAUCACGGAAAAGGUUUGAGAGCAUGGACAGUACACGUUCAGACUGUGAUGGUGCUGUAAGUAACAGAGAACGUGUGCUGACGUGUACAGUGAGUAAGACAUCUGUAACUAAAUGUCUUGAGUCCAACAUUACAGCUACUCCUCGGAAACAAAGUAAACCUCACAGGUGUCACGUAUGCAACAAGUACUUCCAAUCUCCAUACAAGCUGUCAAGGCACUCACUCACCCACUCUGGCAUAAGACCGUAUGAAUGCACUGGUUGCAGCAAAGCCUUCACGCAGCGUAGUCAUCUCAAAGUUCAUGAGCAUAGAUGCAGACAGCUUAGGAUCUUGGCAUCAAAUUGCACCCAAAUGGAUUUUAUAAAUACCACUCAUACCCAGAAUAUAUGCUUGAAAGGUCUCAGUGAUUGUACAAAUUUCAGUGCAGAUGCAACAAGAGUACAACAGCGGUCACGUGAUAACGUGGGCCAAUGCUCCUUUGGUGAUGAAGGUUCUAAUUGGCUCUCGGGACCAGAACUGUGCUUACAAGAGGGGAAUAAUGAAUCAGAGCAAAGAAAAAAUUGCAAUAAAGCUGCAGAUGAUAGUUUUUCAUUCCCCUCUGCACUUGCCUAUGAAAUAGAUAAGCUUGUCCAAAACCAAGGAGCAAAUUCAACUCCAUUGCAUUUGUAUCAUCAUAGUGCAUGUAAUGCAGAAAGGCAUGAAGAGGUCAUUACCAUUUCAGAUAGUGACGAUUCUGCGGUUGAAAACCAAAUCCAGACAGACGCGUCAGGUGGUUACUGGUGUGAGCCAGCGAUUGUGUUUGGAGGUGCCAAGCUCACGGAAGGUUUGAGGAGCCAAAAUGACCUGAAUGUCCACAUUCAACCUAAAAUCACAGAAUCGGCCGGGAAGAAUCAUUGUGACCAAUUUGUCCCCUCCUCCAAACUGAAGAAAUAUCAUCCAUACAGGUCAGAGGCCCUUUGAGUGUGACAUCUGUGGCAAAGGCUUUUACAACAGCGCCAGAACACACAAACAUGCUCAUUAUUAAAAUGUGUACAAUUUUGUGUUUUGUUUUGUGAUGACUGUACAUACUAGUUAAUACAAUGUCUGUAUAUGGUGUAUACAUAUGAACAUAUUUAUUUAUAAAUAAACAUGUUUAUUUAUAAAUAAACAUGUAAUAAAGAAUAAUGUGUACUUGGA